AUGAUAAUAACCGAUACACCAACUGCUGCCUUUGAUGUAGUUUUGAUACAUACCAUUGGACCAUUUCCAAAAUCGGAAAAAGGUAAUUCAUACGCAGUCACAAUGAUAUGUGACUUAACAAAAUAUCUGGUAUCGGUACCAAUUGCAGAAAAAAGUGCAAAAACAAUAGCAAAAGCAGUAUUCGAAAACUUUAUACUGACUUACGGGCCUAUGAAAAAAAUUAUUACAGACAUGGGUACCGAGUAUAAAAAUAAAAUUUUCGAUGAAAUAUGCAAUCUAUUAAACGUAGAAAAUACUACGUCAACCGCGUACCACCAUCAAUCAUUAGGUACAGUAGAACGAAAUCAUAGGACAUUUAACGAGUACAUAAGAUCCUACAUUUCCAUAGGAAAAAUGGAUUGGGAUGAGUGGCUACAAUAUUUUACAUAUUGUUAUAACACUACACCUUCAAUUGUACAUGAGUAUUGUCCUUAUGAAUUGGUUUUCGGUAAAUCGCCCACCAUCUAUGACUUUCUUAACACUUUAGAAAUAGAUCCCGCGUACGACAAAGAUAUAAAAUUUCGUUUACAAAACGCAAAUAAACGCGCGAUAAAAGCAAUAGAAAAUAGAAAACAAAUAAGGUUUCCACCUACAAAUGGGAAACCCGAAAAUUUUGUCAAAACCUGUAAAAAAUCUCUUGAAGCAAGUUUGAGCUCUGGUAAAAAAGGAAGUUUAGACGUAGUGCUUAAAGGAUUUUUAUUUGAUUAUCGUACUAUGAAACAUUGUACAACAGGAGAGUCUCCAGCUAAACUUAUGUUAGGUAGAGAGAUGAAAACGCGGUUCGAUUUAUUAAAACCACCUUUAGUCAAAGACAGAGUGAGUAAAAAUCAGCUUAGUAAAAUUAAAAACCACGGGGGUCUAGAGAUGGAAGGCACACCGGUGGAAGGCACACCGGUCUUUCUCCGCGAUUUUUCAGAUCCAAAUAAGGCAGGAUGGCAGGAAGCGUUAAUUAAAGAGCGUUUAGGCCGACGAACAUAUGAUUGCACAAUAUCAAGAACUAAUAUGGUGAUUAAGCGCCACGUCGACCAGAUGAUGGCUUAUAAUGGUAGUACUAUGAAAAAUGACUCAACUACAAAGGAGUUAAACGGUGCCGAUGAAGAAUCAAGCCUAAAUGUAGAGUCAGCCGUCGCUACUACGGGGGAGGAUGUGACUAAGGAUGUAAAUGUAGAUAGUGGUUGCUCGCGUCUGCGAGAACGUAAAACUAAGAUUAAUUAUAAGGAAUAA